GAGUAGAUCACCUCUCAUCUCAACUUCAAGAAUUACGCGGUUUGGGAGUUCCAGUUUCGCACUCUGAUCGAAGGGAAGGAUCUCCUCAGUUGGCUUGACAGCACCGUAGCUCGACCGAUGACUCCUCCUCUGACAGCAUAGGAGGUCAUGCAAUGGACAGUCAAUUAUGCUAAGGUCAGGACAAUGCUUCUGAAUUCUGUUGAUGGUUCGAUAAUUCUAGGGCUUCGGACGCUACCUACGGCUGCAGCUAUUGGAAGUAUCUUGUCGACACGUAUCAGACGACGACUUAUUCUCGUCAAUAUGAGAUUGAGGUCGAGUUGGUCUCCCUUAUCAAGGCAUUAUGGAUGUGAUGUCUUAUUAUAAUGCCGCAUGCAAUCUCUAGACUGAACAAGACCUUGUCAUCGCCUCGCUUCUCACUACAGCAGGUUCGACGGAGGUUUGGGCGGAGCGGGGAAGAUGCAAUUGAUGUAGUUCCUUAUGUGCCUCAAUAAGGACUAUGGACCGAUUCGAGCUUCCUUGUUGAAUCGGGAGAAUCUCUGGAUUGAGGGUGUUAUUGCCUACUUGAUUCAGGAGGAAACACGUCUUCGGACGUAGGCUGUCUUGGAUGUCCAUCCUGGUUCAGGCGAGGGUGCGGCGGUGUUCAAUGCCGCUCCCAAGCAUCAACUCUCAUUGGAGUCAGCAAGUGGUGGUGGGAGUAGGAGAGGCUCCCGUAAUGUGGCAGCCUAGCAGGAUGACGUCGCGUUUGCUGCGUAUCCAGCAUUGCUUUAGCGACGUGCUAACCCUACCGAUGUUGAAUGUUUUCAUUAUAGGGAAAAGGGUCACACAAAGAAAUAUUGUAGGAAAUGUAAUCUAUGUUUCUACUGUAAAAAUAACUGGCGUAUCAUUCCCGACAGCCCGACGCUUGAGGGGCACAAUCGUAAAGCUGGUGGUCGUGGAGGUAGCUUCCCCGCUUCCCGUCCGGUGUAUGCUACACAACCAGCACUGCCACCUGCCGGGUCGUAAAAUCUAGUGGUGCUUCUUUCCUGGAUACUUGAUUCUGUCUAUUUUAAUCAUAUGACUGGUGAUGCUUCUGCACUUACGGGUCUUCAUUUUGUUGAUAAUUUGUCAUUACAAGUUGCUAAUGGGGAGAGGUUGCACGUUUCUAGCAUGGGUUUUGUUCAUGACUUGAAUGUUGUUUUGCCAACCACAUAUCACGUGCCUAAAUUGGUUUCGAGUUUGGUUUUUAUGGGUCAACUUACUCACCAGGAUUAUCGUUUUACGUUUGCACCAUCUGGUUGUAUUUUUCAGGAUUAGAACACUGGGAGGGAGAUCGGGCAGGGUAGCAUCAAGGGAUGACUCUUUUAUCUCGAUCAGCUUCGUCCGCCAUCAUCAUCAUUAUCGAGUUCCAUGUUCCCUGUUUUUCGAGUCUUCUUGAUCAAACUUUUAAGUUAUGACAUGCUCGGUUAGGUCAUCCAAACUAUAAUCGUCUUACGACCAUGUUAAACAAUAGUUAUUUGGCAAUAAUACAUCGACCUAGUUUUCGUCGGAUUUUUCAUGUACCAGUUGCAUUGAAGCUAAGACUACACAUAUUUCUUUUCCGUCUAGUCUUACUGUGAUUUGUGAGUUAUUUCAUCUGAUACAUACAGAUAUUUGGGGCCUAGCUCUGCCACUUCAUGGAUGGGCUACAAGUAUUUUGCCUUGUUCAUAGAUCAUGCUACGAGGUACACCUGGGUUUACUUCCUUCGACUAAAGUCUGACAUGUUAUCUGUUGCCACCGAAUUUCUUGUCAUGAUCAAAACACAGUUUGAUAGGAUAGUUCGUGUAGUCCGCUCUGAUCCUAGGGGUGAGUUUAGCUCUGGUCCCUUGUUAAGUCUCUAUAAGUCCCUUGGCAUUCUAUCACAAAAAUCUUGUCCUGACGUCUCUCACCAAAAUGGUUUGGUAGAGCGGAAAAAUUGUCAUGUUUUGGAGGUUACUCGAGCCCUUUUACUUUCCUCUUGUGUUCCUUCUUCGUUCUGGCCCAAAACUGUUGCUAUUGCUGCAAAUUACUUGUGUCCUUGGUCAAACUAGCCCCUAUUCCAAUCUUUUCCAUAAACCUCCACCAUAUUCCCGUCUUCGUGUCUUCGGUUGUAUCUGUUUUGUCCUCCUCUCUCAUUCUGAGUGUACUAAGUUGACCUCGAAAACUGCUCGGUGUUCUUUUCUUGGGUUAUAGUGACAUUCACAAUGGCUAUCUAUGUUAUGAUCCUAAGCUUUGUCGUGUUCGCAUUGCAUGUCAUGUAGUCUUCCUUGAAAAUUUGAUGUUCCAUUCGUCUCCUUUCGUGUAAGAUCCACCUCUCUUUGAUAUGUCACUUGCCCCUCCUACCUUUGCCAAAGAUGAUGAUGAUGGCUUCCUAGAACCUCUGGAUAACUUGUUACUACCAGACUCUCCUCCUGCAACUCACGAAUUAUCCGGUUCUUCAUCCUCUUCAGAUGAGUCCCCGUCACCCUCUCCUCCAACAGUGGUUCCGCGUCAUUCUCUUCGUGCUACCCGCGACUUCCCUCUAGUUUGCCAUCAAUACUACUUAGUCUACAAUGUGGAUCUGAUUCCCAUACCCACCCUGAUUCUCACAGGCGAAGGGGAAUCCAUAUUGGGAUCGUGCUAUGGACGAGGAAUUUAACGACUUCAUGCGAAUGAGACUUGAGAUUUGGUACCUCGGCUGCAAGCUAUGGUCCCAGUGAUAGGGUCCCACUGGGUUAAUAAUAUAAAGUUUCUCCUGGAUGGUUCUCUCAAGCGCUAUAAGGCUCGCGUUGUCGCCUAUGGAUUAUUUCAGGAUUAUGGUAUUGAUUUUGAAGAAACUUUUGACCCCAUGGCAAAAAUGGUUACUGUUUGAUCUCCAUUGGUGGUGGCUUCCAUUCGACGUUGGCCCUUUUUCAAUUCGGCGUCAAGAAUGACUUCUUGUAUGGCAAGUAGAAAAAGACUGUUUACAUGGAGCGUCCACCUAGCUACACUAGAGGUACUCCUGAUCAGGUUUGUUUACUCCAUCGAUGUCUAUAUGGUUUGAAGCAAGAUCCUCAUGCAUGGUUCGACAAGUUUCAUUCCACGAUUUUGGCUCUCGGCUUUCAGCAGAGUCUUAACGACCUAUCCUUAUUCACUCGUUGCACUGCUUCCAGGAUGGUCAUGCUGCUCUUAUAUGUUGACGACAUGAUCGAAACGGGAGAUGACUCCGAGGGGAUACAGGCCCUCACGGCAGCCCUUCAUACUUCGUUCAACUUGAAGGAGCUUGGACAUGUUUCUUAUUUCUUGGGAAUAAAGGUUCGACAGUUUCCAAAUGGUAUCUUGCUUAGUCAAAGUAAAUACAUUGAUGAUCUUUUGGAGACAGUCCAGUUUGAAGAUUGUCAUCUUGUUUCUACACCAAUGGAGCUUCAUCUCAAGCUCGGCAGGGAGGCCGGUGAGUUGUUAACCGACAGUAGUAAGCAUUAGAAGAGUGUUUUGGGAGCCUGAGCUACUUGACUUCUACUCGUCCGGAUAUUGGAUAUGUUGUUGAGAUCAUCAGCUAGUUUAUGUAUGCACCACGUACAUAUCAUUUUGCCAUAGUUCGUUGAAUUUUGCGAUACGUGCAGGGUACGAAGGGGGUCGGCGUGUUCCUCCCUAGCUUCAUCUUGCUCCUUAGAGCUUCAGGAUUUUUCCGACUCCGAUAUGCUAGUUGUGUUGAAUUGUUGAUACCCGGCGUUCUACGACAGGGUGGUGUGUUUGCCUUGGGAAUUGUUUUAUUUCCUAGCGUUGUAAGAAGCAAGAUUGGGUGUCGAACUCUUCCACACAAUCUGAGUAUAGGGCCAUGUCUGAUAUCUCAUCGGAGCUUGUCUGGUUGCGAUGACUACUUGGCAAUCUUGGGGUUGAUUGUGACAUCCCUUUCCAACUCUAUGUUUAUACCACGAGUGUUAUACAGAUCACGACGAACCCGGUGCUUCAUGAUCGUCUGAAGCAUAUUGAGGUCCAUCUUCAUUACAUACGAGACUUGGUUCGGGAUGGGAUCCUUCGCCUAUUCCAUGUUACUUCUGAGGACCAAAUUGAUGAUUUAUUGACCAAGUCCUUAACGGCCAGUUGUCAUUACUAUUUAUCUCGCAAAUUGGUGAUGAGGGAUCCUAAUCAAUUUGGGGGAGGUUGUUGAGUUAUAUGUCAUUGGGCUUCUGCCCAUUGUCCAAAAUGUGUGCAUGAUAGGGUUGGUCGUGUAUGGAGAGUAGCCAGGGUUCGUCUCGUCCUAUAUAUAUACAUGUAACCAAAACUAUUGCGAUUAAGCUGAAUAAGAUACAACAAUAGGUUUGGCCGUGGACUAGUCUCGUUCAUACUGAACGGGGAAACCACGUAACUCCCUGUGUUGAUUUACAUUUUUGUUUUGAUAAUCCGUUACGAUUAACACUUUGUGCACCACUUAAUUAAAUAUUUUCCUAUAGAAUUGUUUUGUUUUAAUAAUAUCGAGUGGUUAAAGUCAUUAGAGAUAUAACUAACAUGAUGCAUAUAAGUAUGAUCUUAAAUAUUCAUGUCUGUUAUAAUUACGAAUAAUGAGUAUAGAAAGUGAAUCCAAACCUGUUAAUUGAAUUAUGCAUAGUCCAUAUUACAUUGCGUUGUCGAAUAUGUGACGCGGUUUGGACCGCACCAAAUCGGUUAUCUAAGCAGUUCAGUUUGACCGCACCGACUAUAUUGCGGUCUCUUAUGAGGUGCGGUCUAACUAUCAUGAGGUGCGGUGCGGUUUGUGUCAAUGUGGUGUGGUACAAUUCGAACCGCACCAACGCACACCUCUACCUGCCCUGGCCCGCGCCACUUGAUAAAUUAUCCAACCUGCUGCGGAGCGGGUUUGGGUAUUGUGAUAACCAACUUGCCUAGGGGUCGACAUCCGGUUCGGUUUCGACUCUCCGAACCGACCCAAACCGAAUUUGCUACUAUUCGGAUCAGAAUUCGGAUAUAAAAAUAUCUUAAUUCGGAAUACAGGACUGUGUCAACC